CACAAACCUAGCGUACCUACCUACCCACCCUCGUCAACCACCACCGUUACCGCCAUCUUCACCACCAAACCACCGCCGGUCCCGGGCAGAGGACGAUUGCAGUCGCAGCCAUGGCGCUCCUCCAGAUGAAGGCGCCUGUUGACUACCAGGUGCAGCAGGCCGCGUUCGAGAGCUUCCUCUCCGACUUCAAGACCUCCCCGCAGGAGACCAUCACCCAUGCGCUGGGCAACAUCAACAUUGACGAGGACGACCUCAGCGACGAGUAUGACUUUAUGGACGAGGACGACGAUGCCCAACAAGAACGCCGCCGCCAGAGAGUCCAGAAGCAGCAGCCCCGCCACAAGUACCGCGAGAUGCUCCAGCAGCUCGCCGACAGGAAGAUCAGUCAGGUGGUCAUCGACCUAGACGACCUCUACUCGUACGAGAAGGAGUUGAACGAGGGUCUCAAGCUGGUCGAAUGGAUCGAGCAGAACACGAAGCACUACGUCGAGAUCUUCUCGAGGGCCGUCGAUAAGCUGAUGCCCGAACCGAGCCAAGACAUCACCUUCAAGGACGACGUCCUCGACGUCCUCAUGGCGAACCGCAGACAGCGCAACCAGAUGCUCGAGGGGAUCGCCGACAGGGAAUCCGACCCGACCAUCCUGAACGACCAGUACCCUGCGCAGCUCACCCGGCGCUACACCCUCGUCUUCAAGCCGAGGACCUCGACCCCGGAGAACCCGGUCAAGGCGUUGUCGGUCCGCCAGGUCCGCGGUGACCACCUGGGCCACCUCAUCACCAUCCGCGGGAUCGCGACCAGGGUAUCCGACGUCAAGCCCAUCGUCCAGGUCAGCGCCUACACGUGCGACCGCUGCGGCUGCGAGAUCUUCCAGCCCGUCACCGACAAGCAGUACGGCCCCCUGACGCUGUGCCCGUCCAGGGACUGCAAGGAGAACCAGGCCAAGGGCCAACUGUAUCCGUCGUCGAGGGCAUCCAAGUUCCUGCCCUUCCAGGAGGUCAAGAUCCAGGAGCUGGCCGAGCAGGUGCCCAUCGGCCAGAUCCCCAGGACGCUGACGGUCCUCUGCUACGGCAGCCUGGUCAGGGAGGUUAGCCCCGGCGACAUCGUCGAUAUCAGCGGCAUUUUCCUCCCCACUCCAUACACCGGCUUCCAGGCCCUACGUGCCGGCCUUCUCACCGACACGUACCUCGAGGCGCACCACGUUGUCCAGCACAAGAAGGCAUACGAGGACAUGGAGAUCGACCCAAUCAUCAUGCGCAGGAUUAACAAGUUCACCCAGGCGGGGAACCAGUACGAGUACCUCGCCAAGUCCAUCGCCCCCGAGAUUUACGGCCAUCUCGACGUCAAGAAGGCCCUCCUCCUGCUGCUCGUCGGCGGCGUUACCAAGGAGGUCGGCGACGGCAUGCGCAUCCGUGGCGACAUCAACAUCUGUUUGAUGGGCGACCCCGGUGUGGCCAAGUCGCAGCUGCUCAAGUACAUCUCCAAGGUGGCCCCGCGCGGCGUGUACACGUCGGGCCGCGGCAGCAGCGGCGUCGGUCUGACGGCCGCCGUCAUGCGCGACCCGGUCACGGACGAGAUGGUCCUCGAAGGCGGCGCCCUGGUGCUUGCCGACAACGGCAUCUGCUGUAUCGACGAAUUCGACAAGAUGGACGACAACGACCGCACGGCCAUCCACGAGGUUAUGGAGCAGCAGACCAUCUCCAUCUCCAAGGCCGGCAUCAGCACCACCCUCAACGCGCGUACCUCGAUCCUGGCUGCCGCCAACCCGCUCUACGGCCGCUACAACACGCGCCUCUCCCCGGUCGAGAAUAUCAACCUCCCCGCCGCCCUCCUCUCCCGCUUCGACAUCAUGUUUCUCCUCCUCGACACGCCCAGCCGCGAGACCGACGCCCAGCUGGCCAAGCACGUCGCCCACGUGCACAUGCACAGCCGGCACCCCGACCUGGGCACCGCCGACGGCGUCGUCUUUAGCCCGCAGGAAGUCCGCGCCUACGUCGCCCAGGCCCGCACCUUCCGCCCCGUCGUGCCGCAGGCCGUGUCCGAGUACAUGGUCAAGACGUACGUGCGGCUGCGCAACAACCAGCGGCGGGCCGAGAAGCGCGCGGCCGCCGGGGGCCGGGACGGGCAGGCCAGCAACAACUUUGGCCACACGACGCCGCGCACGCUGCUCGGCGUGGUGCGCCUGGCGCAGGCGCAGGCCCGGCUGCGCUUCAGCAACACGGUCACGCAGGAGGACGUGGACGAGGCGCUGCGCCUGGUGGAGGCGUCCAAGGAGAGCCUGGCGGCCACGGACGAGCGCGCCGGCGGUAGGAGGGCGCUCAACGCCAGCAGCAAGAUCUACAACCUCGUCAAGGGGCUCGCCGACAGCGGGGCCUGCCGCCCGGACGACGUGGACGAGGACGAUGAGGAUGCCGACGGACAAGGCUACGGCGUCGAGAUGAGCCUGCGCAAGGUCAAGGAGCGCGUCAUUGCCAAGGGGUUCACCGAGAACCAGUGGCUGGCCGCAUUGGAGGAGUAUACCGAGCUAGAUGUCUGGCAAACGGCUGGCAAUGGUACGCGGUUGGUGUUCAUCACGGCGGGCAAUGGCGAGCGGGAGGGGAGCGAGGACCUGUGAGCGCUCGCCACUGGUCCCAAGAUAUAAAGAUGGUUGUCUCGUUAAUUCUCAGUUUGGGUUGCAUCUUUUUUUCCUCUCUCUGUGGGUUUGGGGUCGAUCUACGUGUCACUUCGGCGUUCUUAGGGAAGGUCAAUUUUUACGGAAAGCGAAUGGCUUUGUUUUGGCUCCGUCUUAGUGCAUUGAAGGACUCGAUUGUUGAUAGAUGUGAAUAUGAAACGGGGGCCAAGGAAUCUUGAUCAACCUUGUGUGCCCGGAAUUGCCAACUUGCCGAUUAUUCGAGCCGACUAUUCGAGCCAAUGUUAGGCCGCGGCCUGCUCAGCCACGGGAUUCUCUCUCUCUUUCUCUCUCUCUUUCUCUCUCUCUCUCUCUCUCUCU